AUGGAUACCUAUAGAAGAACAAUCAUUAUCAAAGAAGGCACAAUCACAGCAGGAUUCCCCUUCAAUGAAAACGUCAGCAAACUCAAAGACAAUUUCAACAUUGCUUUUCGCCGCCUACAGGCACUCCUUCGAACGCUUCGAGGUGAUGCAAAAAAGCUUCAACUUUACAACACCACGAUCGAAGACUACACCAGGGAAGGAAUCAUUGAGGAAUGUACCUCACAACCAACUGGAGUAACUUCUUUUUACCUUCCACAUAGACAUGUCUGGACACCUGGAAAGACAACCGAACUUCGAAUUGUCUUCGAUGCUUCAUCUCACGGAAGAAACGAGCUGAGUCUCAAUGACGUCAUAUUUGAAGGACAUGCCCUCACACCCCUAAUCCAUGAAGUUCUACUGCUGUUCCGCACGUACAAACAUGCAAUGGUGGCCGACAUCCAAAAGGCUUUUCUACAAAUACGUCUCCCCGAAAAUCACCGAGAUGCAACGAGAUUUCUGUGGAUCAAGAACUUGGAUACACCACCCGAAGGCGAAAACGUCAAGUACUAUCGCUUCUGUAGAGUACCUUUUGGAAUAAAUGCAAGCCCAGCCAUACUGAAUCAGUCCAUACUCAAGCACAUCGAAGAGGAGGAUACCCCAAUUGGAAAGGAACUAUCCAAAUCUCUGUAUGUCGACAAUGUGCUACUAGAAGGCAACAAUCCGCAAGAACUGAUCGAGAAAUACACUUCUUCAAAACAAGUGUUCUCUUCCAUCGGCAUGAAUCUUCGCGACUACUUGUCAGACUCUGCUGAAGUGAACGCACAAAUCAAGGACGUGGAUAGAGCAAAAAACUGCGAACUCAAAGUGCUCGGAAUCAAGUGGAAAGCUGACGAUGACACCUUGAUCAUGGAAUGUGCAGACAAAGAGCAAGUCAAGAUCACCAAAAGAUCUGUACUCAGCCAGAUAAACGGAUUCUGCUUCGACCCACUCGGACUGCUCACACCACUGAUGAUACCGGCAAAGAUAUUCCUACAGGAUAUACACAAGCUAAAGUUAGGAUGGGACACCAUUCUUCCUGAGGAGCAAAUUCAACGAUGGAAGGCCAUCCAGGGUGACAUCGUCGGAUUCAAGAAAGGCAUACCACGCACAGUGCUUAACAAGACUCCCGAGGCCAAAUAUAUACUUUCUAUAUUUGUUGACAGUUCCAAGCGAGCUUACGCUUGCUGUCUUUAUACGACUACAUCAGCGAAGAAUGGUAUGAAGAGCACAUCACUCUUUACGGCAAAAGCGAAAGUGGCGCCCAUCAAGAAGGAACAAACCAUUCCGAGGCUAGAACUGCUGUCAAUAUUCCUCGGACUAUCUGUAGCCGAAACAACCAUGUCAAAAUGCGGAAUAAACUUCACAGAAGUCAACCUCUUCAGCGACUCAACGAUCGCACUAUCAUGGAUAGCUAGCAGCAAAAAGCUUCCACCGAUUGUAACCACACUAGUUCAAAAAAUCAGCUUCGCCGCAGAAAGGAUCAGAGAAACAGCCAAACUCAACUUCUUCCACGUCCCAACAGAAGAAAAUGCAGCGGAUUGCGCAACAAGAGGAAUCAACAAGCAAGAAUUCACCGCUUGCAGAUGGUGGAAAGGACCAAGUUGGCUCAAUCACCCCAAUAAAGAAUGGCCAGUACGUCCCAUUAGUGACGUCAAAGACAGUGACGAUGACGAGUGCGAAAUGCUCACUCAUCAAACUACUGAAGAUCUUAGCAAAAGCAAUUCUGAUUGGCCAGUCGCUACGAUAAGCAGCUACCCCAAAUUGAAGCGAGUUGUGGCAUACUGCCUGCGUUUCAUCCGCAUGGCAAGCAAGAAUAGCCGCUUCAAAAUGGCAGAAGAAGAUCAAGGUACAUCACGAUUACCGAACGCAGCCGAGCUUAUUCUCGCUGAAAAACAUAUAGUCUUGCAAGAACAGCGGACCUACGGGACAGCUCUGGUCUCUAAAAACAAGCAGUUCAAAACUACAUACGACAAAGAAGGAAUCCUACGAAGGCCAUUGACUCACAUAGGCGAAGACGACCCUUCUUGCCAAGUCUUGAGACCAGUGGACUUCAUCUAUAAGGACGUUCGGCUUGGAAGCACUCAACUUACACCCGCCGACGACGAUCAACACGAUCCAGAUUACCGGAUAGGUCCAGAACUCUCAUCACAAAAGGAAGCCAAAACAGCUCUUUUGGAGACCGAGAAGAUAACGAAAAAGUUCUGGAGUAUUUGGAAACACGACUACCUCCUCGAACUUCGCGACCGUCACCAUGUCUUCAAGAAUGGAAAAACCACGAAUCGCAAACCAGAAGUUGGAGAUGUUGUGCUGCUUGACGAAGACUCUCAGUUGAACAGAGGAUACUGGCCAAUGGCAGUUAUAACACAACUCGUACCAAGCAAAGAUGGAGAAAUCAGAAGCGCAAUUUUGAGAACCACAUCUGGAAGAGAGAUUCAAAGACCUCUCAAUCGCAUAGUCCCCCUAGAAAUUCGUUCAACGAUAGAACACGAAGAUGAGAGACAGGAUCCAACGCCACAAAAAGGAGGAAUAGUGGCCAAGGUUAAAAAAGCGCUCAGGAAGAAACCGACAACUGCACCUGAACCUCGCAAGCAACCACAGAGAGCUGCGAAAAAGCCUGUGGACUACGCAUCUGCUAAUUCCUCCACCAUAAAGAGAAGCGCUUCACAAAUCAGCAAGUCAGUGAUGAUAACAAUAUGCCUGACAGCUCUUCUUCUCAUUGAUACGGCAUCCGCAAAUGUGCUAUCCUGCUCUGAACAUGGAGUAAAAGUUAACACGACUUCGGAAUCACAAUCACAACUAUGUCUCAACUACAAGGAUUGUCUGACAAUCUCGACGAAGAAAGGAAUAAACGAAAUAGCACUCCCGCCGAAGUACCGCACAACAGAACAUCGAGUUCAAUGGCGCACCAUGAUCGGAGCAACACAGUACUCCGACACCAUUAUCUGCCCACCAAGAGACAUUUGCGACAUGAUCAAAUGCACAGUUUGUGCAGACUUGAUUCGAAAUCCACACUGCGCCCCCAACACUGCGGUAGCAAUCACAGCAGUUUGCGCAUACCUUAUGAUGCUGCUCAUCUGGUUCAUUUGCUACACUGGACUUCAAGGAAAACGUCUUUUGUGCCGAACUAGCGAGAACGAGAUGCCAACGGAAAAUCCUGUUGCUCCUGCGAAUGAUCGACUUUCCGAGCUUCUAGGAAAACAAUCCCGAUCUCUACCAAUCCAAUCAAAGAUGAUCACAUUCGUGGCUAUUGCAACAUGUCUCGUCGCAGGAGUCAAUUCAUGCCAGUACACUCACACACUCACGUCAAGGAACACCAUUUGCAUGAGGAUCAUUAACACGCUCAACUGUCGCUACACUAUCGAAAACAGGAUAACCUUGAGUGAGCACCGACCUCAAGCUUGCUUCAGGAUUCAACAUGAUAACAAGACAGUUGGCAGCAUGGAGAUACAACUCCAACACGUCGUACUCCAGUGCAAUCCCGUAGUCUUGUUCUACACCCGAGAUGCCGAGAUAGUGACCGAGUCAGCAAAACGAUGCCAUUUCUCUGGAUCAUGCUCAUCCAACACAUGUGCUCACACUAGCCAACGAUCCUACAUACCUGAACUUCACAACACCUACGAAUUUCCUGGAUACUCAAGGUGCACCUCGUCUUGUGGAAGCAUCGGAUGUGGUUGCCUUCUACCUCUACCUGGAUGCCUCUUCUCCCGCUCAUAUGGAAAACCGCAAAGUGAAACAGUUUACCAAGUGUUCCAUUGCCCGACUUGGGAUGAAUCGGCAAUCAUCAAAUACACUUACACAAGUGUUAAUGGACGAAGAGAAACGAAUAUAGCCACAGUCACCGCGCAGACUACUCACACUCAAAAGGACGCCAACCUAACACUGGAAUUCGUGACAACGCCAACGAUUCCGCUACUGAGCUCUGUAUUUUUGCAAGCCGUCAACACCACUAAAGCGGAAACUGCCUUGGUCGACAACGACGACGUAUUCGCGCUCAGAUGCCCAACGAUGGAGAGCUCUCGAAACCUUUCGCUUUGCCAUGUAGAAGACACUUGCAAAUGUUACCCGACGGAUGACCAGGCUAACUGUAUCUGCAAGAACACGAACAUAUCGGAUCUGACCACAUCAUUGGACAGCAGACUGCCACUAUCUUCCUCAUUCUUACAUCUACAAGAAGCUCAUGGAAGAGUACUUGGAGUCAGCCACAAAUCCAUAGUCGACGUCACUAUCAGCACGACUGCGGAAUGGAAUACAGCGAGUGUUGUCAACAACGAAGACUGUGACAUCACGGCUUCACCGAUUCAAGGAUGCUACAACUGCAUAACCGGCGCACGACUUACCUUCUCUUGCCAUUCACCGCACCCAACAAUGGUGGAGAUACUGUGCACGCAGAAUACCUAUGCGGCCUUCUGCGAUCAAAACACAAUGCAGACAGUUGCUAUACUUCAAGCGACCACCGCUAAAUAUGUCGACAAAUGUUCACUGAAAUGCGGAACGAAGAGCCACGUAUUCAACAUCUCUGGUAUCCUGGCAUACCACCCACACGAAAACGGAGUACUCUUCACGAAUGCUAGCGAGGAAGCUUCAUACGUCAAUGUCUACAACUAUCCCGACAUUGGACACAUCAUCAGCGUCGCACUCUCGUCAUGGAAGAUGCUCGUCGUAGCUACCAUCGCAAUCGCAGCGGCGUUAGCCUUCACUAUUUUUUGUGUCCCAAAAAUUAUAAAAUUGUCAUUGAUGUGCGUGUAA